UAUAAGCAUGAUGUCAUGCGGAAAUCAGCAUACAUGUCGCUCAUCAAUCAUUAAGGACACGCCCGCUUCUGUGCAGAAGUGGGUGCGAGGUACUUUCUAAAUCAAAGCACCAUAGAUAAUUAGACAGGACAAAAGCACGGGUCUCGGAUGCACGUAAACAACCUGAACGGUUGAACUGCACCUCCACCAGUUUGAUGUUGCAUUGUGGUCUUUCUCCUCAGGAACCCUCUGAAGAAACAGCCAUUCCACCUGGACGUUACUGUCUAACAAUUAUAAAUCCCAAGCGGUUAAUUAGCCUCCGAACUACAUAUAGGCGCACCUUGGCAAGUGUGUGAUAAGACAGCUGCCGUCCCAUCCAGGACGGAGUAGUUUCUCUGCUUCUCUCGUAGUGAAACAGGUUCAAAGAAGAAUGAAUGAAAACUGAACCAACUAUUUAAGGUUGUUCCCCAAACAAAAAAACUACACAUACCUCCCACAAACGGGGAAAAACCGGAAGCGCCUUGUGUUAGUAACGUCAAAACGUAUAUGUCACGUGACUUCGGGACGUCUGUAGGUUCAUUUCUCCCAAGGGAGUAAACCACUACAUCAAGUGUUAAGUACUAGUCAGCUGAUCUCUUUAGAUCUGUGGUGUCUCUUUUGUUUGUUUUCCUGCUGACAAGAAAAGCUAAACAACUUUUAAUCUUUCAGAUCGUUCUAAAGACGUGCCUUUCGUUAAUUUUGGGAAUUGUGAUUACUGCAUUGUAUGAGGUACACACAGAAAAAAAUAUAUCCUGGCACAUGGGUUACAGCAUCAGUGCUAACUAAAUAACAAUGACUGUGGCAAUAUUUUUUGGAUGCACGUUCAUUGCCUUCGGGCCAGCAUUCGCACUCUUCGUUUUCACUAUUGCUAGGGAUCCUCUCAGAGUAAUUAUCCUCAUUGCAGGGGCAUUCUUCUGGCUUCUUUCUCUGCUGAUGUCCUCACUGGUGUGGUUUAUCACAGUGAAAGCAACUAAUCCAAAAGACCUUCAAGUACAAAAAGCCCUCUUGGUGUUUGGCGCCAUGUUCUCUGUCGUGCUGCAGGAGCUCUUUCGUUUUGCCUACUACAAACUGCUCAGGAAGGCUAAUGAAGGUCUGGCAGCCCUGAGUGAAGAUGGUCAGUCUCCCAUAUCAGUACAACAGAUGGCUUACGUGGCUGGACUAGGCUUUGGAAUUAUGAGUGGAGCUUUUUCCAUGGUCAACAUGCUGACGGUCACCCCUGGACCUGGAAACGUGGGCAUAUAUGGAGACUCACAGUACUAUUUCCUCUGUUCAGCAUUCAUGACAAUGGUAGUGACCCUACUGCAAACAUUUUGGGGUGUGCUUUUUUUCCAUGGAUGUGAAAGCAGACAGUGGUGGGAAAUUCUACUGGUUGUCGUCACCCACUUAUUAGUCUCAGGACUGACAUUUUUAAAUCCCUUGUAUGAGGGAAGUCUGCUUCCAGCUUAUGCAAUCUUGGUCAUUGUGUCAGUUUGGGCCUAUUUUAUAUCAGGUGGAUCCCUACAGAACCUUCAUAAUUUCAUAACUUGUAAGAAAAGUGACCUGAUUACAGAAGCAGUGUCCUGACUGGAUUCCUUUUAAAAGUCAUCUGCUCUGAAAGCCUCGAAAUUCUUUUGAGGGUGCAUUACAUCUGAGCUACAGAUAAGCAAGAAGUGCAUUGCAUUAUGUUCCUUACAGGCUCCAAGGUCACAUUCCAGUGCAAGCAAUAUGACCUCUUGAAGAACUCACCAGAGACUCUCAGAAGUGCUUUCUCUUUUUCCGUGUGCACUGGAGGGCAUUAUAGUGCCACUUUCUGUACUCUUUGCUGUACCACUGCAAUCUUGUGAUGUAUAUAAAUGUUAUUAUUCUGCAUCAUAUACCUCUUUCUGCUGCUAAUGAAUUUAAGCAAUACAGAAUUUGUGGCAAAGGACAUCCCAUGUUGGAGCCUUGACCAUAUUUGGUCACUAGCAAUGCGUAAUGCCGUGUGGCAAAUGACUUGUUUCUUUCUUGCCAUUAACAUUUUCCCAUCGCAGGUUAAAGUGUCAUAAUUCCACAGGAAUUAUGCGAUAUUAUUUCAGUUGCACUUGUUGAGUUUCCCUUACACUCUCUGACUGCAUCAUUCCUACUGUUAAGAAAAUGGCUAACAGCUGUUCCCAGCAGCAGAAUGGUUGCUUCUGUUCUUUUUACUCAACAUCUUCUUUCCCGCAUUUGUAAAAUAUGCUGAUCAUUGUAUGUAUUUGGAGAAUUGUUCUAGGUUUUGUCUCUAUCUUCCCACAGUGUUUAAUUCAGGACUUUACUAGUUAUUGUAUGCACUUGGAAGAUAUUGUUGUUUACUACAAGUUCAUGUUGAGUGAUUUUAUAAAAGGAAAAGAGAUUACUGUAUUUUCAAAACUGAUGCAUCUAGGGAUCAUGCCACCUUCUUCUGCCAUAAGAUCCCCACAUUCAAAUGUUUACAUUUAAAUUUUAAAAAGUAGGAAAUAAAGGCUAAGAAAUUAAUAUUUCUAAGAAUUAUCAACUGUGUAAAUGGCAAAAUGUUUCACUUAGGAUCUGCUUUUAAAUGUGCAGAGUUUGUCCAUGUCUGUUGUGCUGGCUUUCAGCAUCCAACCUAGAAGUCUGUUUCUUAUUUCUUGGUCUGUAUCUCACCCUUUUCAGACUUAUUGUCAGCCUGAUGUGCAUUGUUUUACAGGUUGUUUUAAUGACUAGAUGCUCAGUUUUCUACUGGUGUUUUUCUUAUAGCAUAGGUUUUACUUAUUAAUUAGGAAAUAUGAGAAACAACAGUAUUCCAUUUUUUUAACAUGAAAUCAAUUUUUAUCAUGGAUCAGGGGUACAGAAACAAGUCCCUGUUGUUAGCAAUUUCAUUAGAUCUUAGGAAUACAUUGUAUUCUAUGUAUUUGAUAAAGAUAAGUUCAUGCACUUUUUUUAUUUCUUACCAGUGUUCAUGGAGAUAAUUACUAACUUGUAUAACAACUCCAAAACAUACGUCAGGGUAGGUAAUUUUUUCCCGUCAUUUCAUUGGUUGACAUACAACAGGAAGCUAAGCAAAGGAUCCCUUCUUUCCCUUUGAUGUAUAUAUCAGCAGUGAAAAGCACAUUUAGUGCUAAAAUAGAAAGAAUUUUGAUGUUUAGAGAUGCAUAAAUGCAACCCACUUACAAAUGAAACUGUCAUUGUUUGGAGAUGAAUUGAUUUUAUUUAUUAGCAAUUCUGAGGCAUUUUUUUCAGUGUGUAUUCUUGGGAAAUUUAAUGCAUUAGCAUAACUAAGCAUUACUUUAUCUAAGAGUAAACAACAUAACAAAAUAAACAAUGUUGUGAAUUAAUUUUGCACAAAACAUUGCAGUGUGAAGUGGAAGGCACUUAAGUUACCCCUGCAGCGUGACAAGUCACCCAGAUUGGACUGUCAUUAGGAGUAAUCAUUCUCAAACGAUAACACAACACAUACAACACCUAGCUCAAAACUGAGAUUGUACAACACCUAGCUCAAAACUGAGAUUGUAUCCGUCUUCUUGUUGAGCAAAAAAGUGAUGAAAUAAUUUUUUUAAGGGGGAGGUCCCUGGAGCACUCCCAGUUGACCAUCAGCUGCUCAGUUACUCCACUGUUUUUUAAUUCCUGGUAUACCCCCACCUCCCGCUAUGACUGCCUUAGCAGUUGAGAAAUGGCCACCAGCAACACAAAGCUGUCCUUCUGCUUUUUUUUAGGCCCUACCCCUUUGAAUGGUAACAUCAUUUCUGAGACUAAGCAGGCAAUAAGGAGAAGUCUGUAAGGACAAGUCUGCCCUUGGCCAUAGGACAACGCUACAGCCUCUUCCUUCCCACACAUCCAGCUUAGUAUUGCUUCAACCUUCAGCCUUCAUCAGGGCUUAACAGGCAAUCUGCCCAUGACACCCCCCCCCCCAGGAUAAGCGCACCAUCCUCCUCCACUGCUUUGCCACUUUAUCCUUGGACACUUAAGUCAUACUCAGGGCUUUAUCCCUCUAUGCCAGCAAAGUCAAUAGUACAGCAAAUUGUAAUACUAAUUUCACACAGUAUUUUACAGAAAAUAGCUGAUUCACGCAUUAAUUAAGCUUCAAAAUAGUAUGCAGUUGACAUUCCUUUAAAUGACGAUUAGUCCCCAGGAUUCAUGUAAAACAUCGCACUAAAACAGUAUGCAAGAGACUUGCAUCCAAAAGAAUCCCGUUUAGUCCUGUGAUGCACUUAUUGUGCUCUACUGGUGGGGCAACAUUGAUGACCAUACAUGAUUUCACUGACACCAGAGAGAAUAUAAAAGGGCAAUGGCUCAUACAAAAGCUACGCAGUUACUCACUGGCUAUUUGGUGCUAAGCCUGCAUCUGCCAAAUUAUACUAAAUCAAUACCCCUUUGUAUGAAUUUAAUAAUUGCUAGUAAAGGAAGAAGAAAGCUCACUGUGAAGGUCAUAGGUAAAAUAAAUAUAUAUCUCGUGCACAGAUGUGGUACAGUUGACAGUAUUGCAGAUCUUGUAUUGCCUAUGAAAAGAGGGGCUUCAGCCCAUAAGAUUGAAGAUCCUUGUAGGAUUUGCAAUCUUCCACAGGAAGGGACUUUACAGCAGCAGGGUCCUUCAGAUCUUGAAAUACAACUCGGCAGUUAAGAGAUGCUCAUAAAGUGUUACAUGUGAUAUUUCAUAUUUUUAUAUGUCCUUGGUGAUUCUUAAUCUUUGGAUUUAGUUCUUUCAAGCAGGGCAGUCCUUCAUUUUCAGAAUUUGCAUAGGAGUAGUCAAUUUUUGAGUGCAAACUGAACUAUCAGUCACAGCAGAGCAGCACACGAGAUGUGCUAGCUAGCUAGCUAACAUGUCCUUCAGGCAGUUUCUGUACUGUUUUCUUCUGAAGAUGAAACAAAAUAAAACUUUAGGUAAAGAGUAGAUAAAUACUGGCUACUUAUUUUAGUCAUUUAAAGUUUCAAUUACAUUUGCAUUAUAGCAGCUCUUUUUUGGUACAACUGUUUCAGUGUAAAGUGCUUUGAGGUUAAACUAAACAAAAUAAGUCUGAA